CCCCGUCUCUAUAAUUUAAUCGACGUGAAUUCAUCGACAUUAACAACAUGGCGGCCAAAGAGUGGUGCGUGAUUAUUCUUUGUCUGACGGCUGUGACAGCAUCACCCGUAAAAAGAAAUAAGGAUGCAAGGGGUGUCAUGGGCCCCAUGUCUUUAUCGCCCGACCAGAUUGAGGAAGCAUUUAAACACCUGCCAAAAGAAACAAUCAGAGCCAUUGCUAAAGAAAUGAAUGAAAAGAUAAACGAUGCUGUGGAAAUGGCGGAAAGGAUGAGUAAAAUUAAAGAACCAAUCCGAGAGGACAUGACACCCGAUCCGGAAAUUAUGAAAGAAUCCGGGUUUUUGAUGGAAGAUUCCGCCGAGUUGUCCGAUCUAUUAAACUCCCUGCCACCUUUGAAAAAAGAAGACAUGCAUUUCCUUCACACGUGCGUGGCUAGAGCCGAGGAGACAGAUUUCAAUGAGUUCACCGACAGACGUAGUCUUAUGAAUGAGGUCCUGAGGCAGGUGUUUACCUGUACCGCCAUCGGCCUCAACCUCAUGGAGUCAGAGACCUACCUGGACGACCUCACAGACGAGGAGCUCACGAUUGACGAGUUUGUCCACAGGUUUCAGAAAAUCCAACAGAUGUCAAUAGAGUUCCUCCACCUCGGCGGAUUCGUCUUCCAAUUCUCCAGACGCAUUGAGAGUCACUUUGGAACUGUUUCCAACAAUGAACUGGUACUAGGAGGUGCUGGUGAACCAAACAAAAACGACCCUUAUGGAACAACUGUUACAAAUGACCCGUAUGUCCAUCACACUUCAAAGGAUGGAGGGGUCGAGGUCGGGGAUGGUAAAACGGAAAGUAACGAUGGUCAUACAAGUAAAACUGAUGUCAAACUUGAUGAAGCCGUGAAUGAGUUAAAGAGGCUCUUUGGUUCAAAGAAGAUAACAGGGCUUAAAGACAAGGUUAAAAGCAAGAUCAAUAAUCUUAUCGGAGGCGGAAAGGAUAAAGGGGCUGGAAAAGAUUCAAUCGAAAAAACGAAACGUCCUGACAACAAGGCUGAAGCGGAUAAAAAAGAUGAACAAGGAAAAUUUAGCUUGCUGAAAAACAAACUGAAAAAUCUUCUAUCGGAUUUCUCUGAUGACAAAAGAAACAUCAGUCCCGAAAAUGGAAAGACGCCUGCCGAAGUUGAUAGUAAAGAGAAGAAAGUACAGGACGCAGAUCAGUCGGACAUGACUGGGAAAGGUCAAAGUUCAGACCGUGAAGUCUUGUUUCAACUCCUCUCCAAGCGACGACAGAUUUUAAAAAGGGAAAACAAACUAGAUUAAGUGUGAGCUAAUUUUGACAAAUGAAAGCCUGCAUUUAUAUUAACACUAGGGUUUUUUUUCAGUAAGACUUAUUUCUCCUAACAAUAUAUAUAAAACAAAUCUGCCCGAAUUUAAAUAAAUAUGCUAAAAAUUUAUUAAAUUUAGCAAAAUUUGACAACUGGUUAUGUUUUAUUGUUUCUGUAAGAUAUUUUAAAUAUUCAAAAUAAUCUACGAAUUGUAAACGUUUUCAAAAAGCAAUAAACUAUGUAAAUAAAUCAUUAUUUGU